GUUUCUUUUCUUCUUUUCUUUUCUCUACUUAAUUUAUAGUUAGUUCUGAUUUUCUUUAAACUUGAUUAUUUUAAAAGUCAAUGGCAAACAAAAAUUAACCUUUUUCUCACGGAGAGAUAAUAUUAGGCCAAACUGCUAAAUUCUAUAAAGUUCUCAAUUUGUAAUAUUCGUCGCAUGAAUUUGACCAUUUUAGAUAAAUCAUAAAGCCCUAAACUACUAACUAAACCUCUCUCCAACCUUCCAUAAUCCAUUAUACCCCAUUUCAGUUUUACUCUGCUAUUUACUUUCCAGAAAAUUCCUUUCCUCCAUUUCGAUCAGGGAUUAGCGAGAUGGAUCUCAAGAAUGUUAAGGUUCCUAAGAUGCCUGGUGGUGGUGCUGCUUCUCCUUUAAUCAAGUUUGGACUUGUUGUUGGUCUUGGUGUGUAUGGAGUUGUUAACAGUCUCUACAAUGUUGAUGGGGGUAAUCGUGCCAUUGUUUUCAACCGUAUUCUUGGUAUUAAAGAUAAGGUUUAUCCUGAAGGGACCCAUUUCAUGAUUCCUUGGUUCGAGAGGCCUGUGAUAUAUGAUGUUCGUGCCCGUCCACAUCUGGUGGAAAGUACUUCGGGAAGUCGUGACCUUCAGAUGGUAAAAAUUGGACUUCGAGUUCUCACACGUCCAGUACCAGACAAACUACCCACUAUUUACCGAACUCUUGGUGAAAAUUAUAAUGAACGGGUCCUGCCUUCAAUUAUUCAUGAAACUUUGAAAGCUGUGGUUGCACAGUACAAUGCUAGCCAGCUUAUCACCCAAAGAGAGAAUGUUAGUAGAGAAAUACGGAAGGUCUUAACUGAAAGGGCGGCCAACUUCAACAUCGCUUUAGAUGAUGUCUCGAUAACAAGCCUGACUUUUGGAAAGGAGUUCACGGCUGCAAUUGAAGCAAAGCAAGUCUCUGCUCAAGAAGCAGAGAGAGCGAAGUUUAUUGUGGAAAAAGCUGAGCAAGAUAGACGAAGUGCUGUUAUUAGAGCUCAGGGUGAGGCUAAGAGCGCUCAGCUGAUUGGUCAAGCUAUCGCCAACAAUCCAGCAUUUAUAACGCUCAGGAAAAUCGAAGCAGCAAGAGAUAUUGCACAUACCAUUUCGAAUUCAGCUAACAAGGUCUACUUGAGUGCCGAUGAUUUGUUGCUCAAUCUUCAGGGCUUCAACUUGGAUAGCACUGGAAGAAAGUGAAUAUAGGAUGCUGCUACCAUUAAAUAAACUGUUGGCCAUUUCAUUUUCUGCCUCGGUCUGUUUAAAUGGUUGAGGGCAAUUCUUGGAUAUAGGGAAUCUUGCGUUUUGCAGUUGAAAAAACUGUUGGAUGAUGUUAAAGUCGUAACUGGAAUAAAAAUAUAUGCUUCUUUUUCCCCA